UGGGUAAAUACCUCGUAUGAUGUGCAAGAAUAAGGGGGAUCAUUUCUAGAAUGUAAUUCAACAAUUACCUGCAUGCAAUGGUAUCGGUAUAAUAGUGUAUAUAGGCCAAUGUGCAAACGCCCACGCGUACGUACCCUUUUGCGUUUUAAAGCCGAAAGGAGAGAAAAACUUUUUCGUCCAUGUGCAUGUUUUUACAUGAUUUAUGGACUAUGAUAGUGAAAAUAUGCAUAAAAAUAUCGAAGGUGAACCUGUUACAGUCAUGUUUUUGCGGAAAUGUUAAUCAAAGAAAUAAAUUAUUUGCCGUUAUCAUUGCACUUCAUUGUUGCAAAUUGUAUUAGAUUCAAAAUAUGAGGUAAUGGAGAAAAGGAACAAUGGAAAGACGGAGAAAAUGUAUUCAGUAAGACGUUGAAGAUAAAUGAAAAAUAUUUUCUACAAACAAAAUUGAAAAGUCAUUUCAAUCCACCUAUUUCUCUAUGAAAAUUCCCAACACGUAAUUGGUAAUGGGAGUAUAAUCCGAAGAGCCAAUUAUUAUUUCUACAGAUUUUUGAAUACACGGCGUGAUAAUUCGUGCCAAUAUUUAUGACAUUUGCCCGUGAUUUUCAUUCAAAUUAAAAUAACUCGUAUAUGGGGCUGACUUCAUUGUAUUAACGCGAAUAGUUGAUUUACCGAGAAUUAUGUCAUUGGCAGAGAUUUACAAAGGCCGAUUGCAGUGCACAAGAGUAUUCCAACGCCAUUGGGCAAAACUGAUUGUGAAAUUUUGCUGACUCGGUUUUAAUAUCAUUUAUGAAAUGGCCCACUUAGCAAUGCAGAACGCCAGUGUAAUAAAACCAUCAAAAUGAGGAAGACCCGGGGUAAUGUUAAUGUUUAUAUCCGCACGUGUUAUUAACCAGUGGUUGAAUGAAUGGACGAGAUAGAUUAAUUACUUUUUCAGAUAGCGACGUGGCGGCUUUGCCGUUGUUGAUCGAUGACGAUGAGGAUAUUAAUUCAUCGUUUCAACAUUAUCAUCCAACGUUAAAACCAGUUAUUAUGAGGGGCGUUGCAAUGCAUUUGGCAGAAUGGCCAUCCCACCUGUUCAGUAUUUUCACGACCGUCUGCAUCGUAUCUGCUGCUUUCAUAGCCCUCACAUUUGUCACCAUCAUUCUCUUUGCAGCGGAUAGGAAACCGAGGUGUCGCGUAUCACGAAAUGUUGAAAUUGAGGAAUAUCCAAAUGUUUAUUGCAUCAAGCAUGCCAGUCACGCCUGGACACAGGAUGAACUCUGUGCCAUUGAAUCAUCAGCACGCGAGUUUCCCGACCUCCAUGUGUAUCUGGUGAAUCUCCAACGACACGUACCCGAGGCUUCUUCACCACCUGUCAAUACUUCACUCAUGCUGAAUUUCGACGCCACAGAAGACGCAGUGAGUGCACUUACUGAGAGAUAUACGAAUGUACGCAGCAUCGAUAUUGUCGCUUCAACGUUCUUCAGUAAAUCCAUUCUGGGGGACGUGUAUACCAAAUUUGAUGGCACGUUGUUGGAGAUUGCUGUAAAAUCUCAGUUAUUGUGGACUUACGCUGGAAUUGCACUGGAACCACUGCAAAUUGAUGGGAUAAAAUAUUUGAAGGAUUAUCUCUGUCGAUCGAAUGAGUUAUGCAAACCGAUGAAAAAUGCAGUCAUUAGUGCGGAUGGAAGUCUCCUAGUAUCGCCUGUUCCUUGUCACACUUUCUUCGAGGCAAUUUUAAAAAAGUUGGCGAGAGAAUCUCAGGAUACGAAGAAGACUGUGAGAGAUGCUUAUAACUCUUUCUGCGCUAGAAGAGAGAAAUGUAUCGGAGUGGAAAUUCUCAACAAUAUAUCUUGGAAUAUCUCCCAUCGUUUUACAUGCCCCGUGAUAUUUCCGGAGAGAGCUCAUAGGUCAUAGGUGAACGUUCCUGAUAUCGCAAGAUAAAAUUG